GGCGGAAGUGCGUCACGGCGCGCGGGCGCCGGGCGGGCGUUGCCAUGGAGGAGCUGAGCGCGGCGCUGGCGGCCGGCGUGGCCCUGGCGGGGCCCAACAGCCCGGCGGCCCCGCACCCCCGCCUCGCCGCCUACAAGGCCCGCGGCGGCCUGGGGCAGGCCGAGCGCCGCCAGCGCCUCCUCCGCCUCCAGAGGGAGAGGCGGCUGGACUACGUGAACCAUGCCAGGAGGCUGGCAGAUGACGACUGGGCAGGGGUGGAUAGCGGGGACGAGGAGAAGGAGGGGGAAGAUGCGGGGGAAGAGGAAAUGGACGUGGAUGUUGGCCACAGGCUGCCCAGGCGCUAUGGCAAUCAGCUGAUGCUGUCAGAAUGGUUGGUCGAUGUCCCCUUGGAUCUGGAGCAGGAGUGGGUUGUAGUGGUGUGUCCCAUCGGGAAAAGGUCACUAGUUGUAGCGUCUAGGGGCACAACAGCAGCUUACACCAAGAGCGGUUUCUGUGUCAACAGGUUCCCAUCCCUGCUGCCAGGGGGGAACCGGCACAAUUCAACGAGCGAGAAAGUGUACUGCAUCUUGGACUGCAUCUACAACGAGGUGCAGCAGACGUACUAUAUCCUCGAUGUGAUGUGCUGGAGAGGACACCCCAUUUAUGACUGCCAGACCGACUUCAGAUUCUUCUGGCUCUCCUCAAAGAUCCAAGAGGAGGAAGGGCUGGGCGAGAAAAGCAGGAUUAAUCCAUACAAAUUUGUGGGCCUGCGGAACUUCCCCUGCUCCUCAGACAGCCUGUGUAAGGUGCUGGCUAUGGACUUCCCCUUCAAGGUCGACGGACUUCUCUUCUAUCACAAGCAAACCCACUAUACCCCCGGCAGCACCCCGCUGGUGGGCUGGCUCCGGCCCUACAUGGUCCCCGAGAUCCUCGGGCUCGCUGUGCCCGCUACGGUGCUCACUGCCAAACCAGACUAUGCUGGGCAUCAGCUCCAGCAGAUCAUUGAGAGCAAGAAGAAUAAAAAGCUGGCAGCAGAAAAGGGUCACCUGAGCAGCGCGGUGGCUGCGAGGAACGGACAUUACGAGCUGGAACACUUGUCUACCCCUCAGCCAGCAAACUCUCCCGAGGGCCGGGAUGAAGCAGUGAGCCAGAUGGAGAAUUAGGCUGCUGGGACAGACCGGUUGGGUAAGGAGAAAGGAAAAGGUUCCCUGCUUCUCACUGUCCCUCACCCUCCCUGAGAGGGGGUCAAAGGUAAUGAUCAUAGGAUGGUUUUGUUGAAAGGGCACUAAAGUGGAAUAUCUUGUUCCAAGUGCCGCUGGAUUUUUUUUUUCUUUUUUUUUUCUUUUUGCCAGGGCUUCUGUAAGGUCUUAACAGGAUUGUCUGGUUCUUUGCUAAGGCAGUCGUGCGCUGGGAAACUCAAUGAUCUGUCCCCACACUGCAGGGUUCCCGGCUCUGCUCCUGACCCUGCUUCUGUUAAAGCCUCUGGCAAAGCUUCAGCAUAGGAACAGUGCUCAGAGCUCUGAGGUGCAGCUGCUGCUCGGAACCCCGGCCCCAGCGGCAGCCCCACCUCCCUGGCCCCGGGAAUCGAGGGCAUUUCAGCCUUUGAUCCAGCUGUUUACCGAGGCUGCCUCAAUGAAAGUUUUGUGGUCAGUCCACUUCUAGUAACAAAAAGUUUGCAGCGAGCUGCUGUAAAUCCAAAGGCUGGGCUUUCCACACCCACGCGUUUACAGAGAAAAACUAAAUUUCCUUGCAGCGCAGUGGGCCCUGCUUCCGAGCACAGCUUUGUGCGGCGCGGCAGAAGCCUGUACUCGAGGCUUUUCUCAGUAGGGGGAGGAAGGAAUGGUUUCGCACUGAAAAACGCUAGCAUUGAUUGUGCCAAAUAAAAGGUUUCUCAGAAAGACAAA